AGCUAGACAUAAAGGUUCUCCACGUCCCCACCAGACUCAGGAGCCCAGCUGGCUUCACCCAGUGGAUCACGCACUAGGGCUACAGGUGGAGCUGCUUGCCAGUCCGCCGCCGUGAGCCCACACUCCUCAGCCCUUGGGUGGUCGAUGGGACUGGGCGUCGUGGAGCAGCGGGCGGCGCUCGUCGCGGAGGCUCGGGCAUGGCGGGCUGCAGGUCCCUAGCCCUGCCCUGCAGGAAGACAGCUAAGGCCAGGCGAGAAAUUGAGCACAGCAGCUGCUGGCCCAGGUGCUAAGCCCCUCAACUGCCCGGGGCCGGUCCGAGUGCGAGGUCCGCGGAGCCCACGCCCACCCGGAACUCACGCUGGCCCGCAAGCACCGCGCGCAGCCCCGGUUCCUGCCCGCACCUCUCCCUCCACACCUCCCCGCAAGCUGAGGGAGCCGGCUCCGGCCUCGGCCAGCCCAGGAAGGCGCUCCCACAGUGCAGUGGUGGGCUGAAGGGCUCCUCAAGUGCCGCCAAAGUGGGAGCCCAGGCAGAGGAGGCGCCGAGAGCGAGGGAGGGCUGUGAGGACUGCCAGCACGCUGUCACCUCUCAAUAGCAGCCCAAACAGAUUAAGACAUGGGAGAUGUACAAGGGCAGCCGUGGGGCUGGCAACAGCUUCGUAAUCCUGGCUUCCUGCUUUCUGGGUCAAAGCCCUGGUGGUGUGUUCUUGAUAUCGGUCCAUCCAGUGGCGUUGUUUGAUUCCUCCCACCUUGCUGAUCAUUCGUAGUGUAGCCCCCAAGGUGAAAGACAACUUGAGUGGUUAAAUUACUGUCAUGCAAAGCGACUAGAUGGUUCAGCUGAUUGCACCUUUAGAAGUUAUGUGGAACGAGGCAGCAGAUCUUAAGCCCCUUGCUCUGUCACCCAGGCUGGAAUGCAGUGGUGGAAUCAUGGCUCACUACAGCCCUGACCUCCUGGGCCCAGAGAUGGAGUCUCGCUAUUUUGCCCAGGUUGGUCUUGAACACCUGGCUUCAAGCAGUCCUCCUGCUUUUGGCUUCUUGAAGUGCUUAGAUUACAGUAUUUCAGUUUUAUGCUCUGCAACAAGUUUGGCCAUGUUGGAGGACAAUCCAAAGGUCAGCAAGUUGGCUACUGGUGAUUGGAUGCUCACUCUGAAGCCAAAGUCUAUUACUGUGCCCAUGGAAAUCCCCAGCUCCCCUCUGGAUGAUACACCCCCUGAAGACUCCAUUCCUUUGGUCUUUCCAGAAUUAGACCAGCAGCUACAGCCCCUGCCGCCUUGUCAUGACUCCGAGGAAUCCAUGGAGGUGUUCAAACAGCACUGCCAAAUAGCAGAAGAAUACCAUGAGGUCAAAAAGGAAAUCGCCCUGCUUGAGCAAAGGAAGAAGGAGCUCAUUGCCAAGUUAGAUCAGGCAGAAAAGGAGAAGGUGGAUGCUGCUGAGCUGGUUCGGGAAUUCGAGGCUCUGACGGAGGAGAAUCGGACGUUGAGGUUGGCCCAGUCUCAAUGUGUGGAACAACUGGAGAAACUUCGAAUACAGUAUCAGAAGAGGCAGGGCUCGUCCUAACUUUAAAUUUUUCAGUGUGAGCAUACGAGGCUGAUGACUGCCCUGUGCUGGCCAAAAGAUUUUUAUUUUAAAUGAAUAGUGAAUCAGAUCUAUUGCUUCUCUGUAUUACCCACAUGACAACUGUCUAUAAUGAGUUUACUGCUUGCCAGCUUCUAGCUUGAGAGAAGGGAUAUUUUAAAUGAGAUCAUUAACGUGAAACUAUUACUAGUAUAUGAUUUUGGAGAUCAGAAUUCUUUUCCAAAGAUAUAUGUUUUUUUCUUUUUUAGGAAGAUAUGAUCAUGCUGUACAACAGGGUAGAAAAUGAUAAAAAUAGACUAUUGACUGACCCAGCUAAGAAUCGUGGGCUGAGCAGAGUUAAACCAUGGGACAAACCCAUAACAUGUUCACCAUAGUUUCACGUAUGUGUAUUUUUAAAUUUCAUGCCUUUAAUAUUUCAAAUAUGCUCAAUUUAAACUGUCAGAAACUUCUCUGCAUGUAUUUAUAUUUGCCAGAGUAUAAACUUUUAUACUCUGAUGUUUAUCCUUCAAUGAUUGAUUAUACUAAGAAUAAAUGGUCACAUAUCCUAAAAGCUUCUUCAUGAAAUUAUUAGCAGAAACCAUGUUUGUAACCAAAGCACAUUUGCCAAUGCUAACUGGCUGUUGUAAUAAUAAACAGAUAAGGCUGCAUUUGCUUCAUGCCAUGUGACCUCACAGUAAACAUCUCUGCCUUUGCCUGUGUGUGUUCUGGGGGAGGGGGGACAUGGAAAAAUAUUGUUUGGACAUUACUUGGGUGAGUGCCCAUGAAAACAUCAGUGAACUUGUAACUAUUGUUUUGUUUUGGAUUUAAGGAGAUGUUUUAGAUCAGUAACAGCUAAUAGGAAUAUGCGAGUAAAUUCAGAAUUGAAACAAUUUCUCCUUGUUCUACCUAUCACCACAUUUUCUCAAAUUGAACUCUUUGUUAUAUGUCCAUUUCUAUUCAUGUAACUUCUUUUUCAUUAAACAUGGAUCAAAACUGA